UACAUAUAGAUGCGUGUAACUAAUCACGUGUACGCAGCUGCCUAGACAGUGGAAUUAACCAUUUAGGUCUUCUUAGUCAUUAUUAUAAAUCCCAACCAAUCUCUCUUUCUCUUUCUCUUUCUCUCUCUUUUUAAUUCCUCAUUCGUCUAUCUCUCUAUAGAGAAUGAUGGAGAUAACGCCGAAGAGGUACUGGCGGAGGUGGAGAGGAUACGAGAAGCUUGAUGGGUCAUCAGAGACGAGUUCCGGUCGAAGGAAAGGUAAACGGAUCAAAAUGGAUCCGACCCGCAAGAAACGUUUUUGGAGGAUCAAGAUUGUGCCGAAACUGAGGAUCCUCAAAACGGCGACGCCGAAGAAGUUUUUGGUGUGGCUACGUGAUUCAUAUGUUAAGAUGAUGAUGCGGUUGGCUAACUCACGGGUAGUCGGAUCAUCUGGAUACGGUGGAUCCGGAUUCGGGUCGGGUCAAAUGAAGGAGUACGAUGAGAAAAUGCUUGUGGAGAUUUACAAGUCGAUACUGAUGGCGCAGGCGCAGGGGAAUCUCGUGCACCGAGAAACACCGAAUAAUAAUCAUAAGCUUCCUUCUGAACCAGCGGUUGUCUCUGUCGUAUCUUCUGUUGUUACUUGUUAGGUAAUAAAGAACAAACAAUUAUCCUUUUUUUUCUUUAUAAUAAAUUUCCGAUGUUAAGAAUCAAAAUUGUUGACUUGUUUGAUACUAUUUCGAGAUUGAUGAUAGGCAAAGUUGUGAUUUUGAUCUGUAUCAAAUUUAUAGACAAAAAAAUUAGUACAAUAAAGAAAGAAAUAGUACAAUAAAUAGAUGGUGGAUUGUGGGGGUCCAAUUUUAUUUCA